AUGCUCGUGCACGAGGUCGAGAAGAGGUAUAAGCUCAAGGUCCCUUUUUUCCAGGGUACACUGGAGGAGGCAAAGCGGCACGCUCAGCAUGACUCGCGCUACCUUGUUUUGUACCUCCACAGCCCUCAACACGAAAACACGGAGGCAUACCUGCGCGAGGUUUUGGCCACGGACGAGAUCAUCGCCCUGCUGCACGAGAGCAGCGUUUUGUUCGGGGCGAGUGUGGCAGAUGCGGAGGGCACGCUGCUGGCGGAGGAGCUUGGCGCCCAUGCGUUUCCGUUUGUAGCAGCGCUGGUGGGUAACACAGUAGUGCUGCGUCUGCAGGGUUACCACAGCCGCGAAACCUUCUGUCGCGAGUGGCGUCUAUGCACAGAUGACUGGGAUGGACAUCUAGCCGAGGGCGUCGUCCUCGCUGCCGAGCGUGAGGCGCGCGAGCAGGCACGCAUAGCUGAAGCCGAGGCCGCCUCCGCAAUGGAGGCUGCAGAUCGGGCCAUGCUCGAGAAGCUGCUGCGUAAGGAAGAGGAGGAGAGUCGUGCGGCUGCGGAGCGGGAGGCUGCUGCGCAACGGGCCGCCGAGGAGCGCGUGGCAGCCGAGCGACUCGAGGCGGAAGAUAGGGCGCGGCAGGCCGCCGAAGAAGCACGGCAGCGCGCACUCGAGGAGGAGCGUCAGCGACAGCGCGAGUCUGCGAAGCAGGCAGCGAAAAGUCAGCUGCAUGAUGAACCCUCCACCGACCUGGCCACCCACGAGACGGUGCAGAUCAGUGUGCGCUGCCCGUCCGGCAAGCACUAUGACCGUCGCUUCCUGCGCAGUGAUCUUGUGGAUCAACUCACGUUUUUUGUAAUGACACUGGACGAGUUGGCGGACGCGACGGAUGCAUCAACGGUGCGCUUCGUGACGGGCUUCCCGCCUGCACCGCUGGAGUGGCGCGAAGGGGAGACGUGCUUCGGCGACAUGAAGAGUCUCUGCCCGCGUGCGGUGGUUCUUCUGCGCCGGUCAUGA